AUGUCUUCUCCAAGCAAGAGGAGAGAUAUGGAUGUCAUGAAAUUGAUGAUGAGUGACUAUGCUGUGGAGCCAAUUAAUGAUGGAAUUAAUGAAUUCAAUGUGGAAUUCCAUGGUCCAAAAGAAAGCCUAUAUGAAGGUGGUGUCUGGAAAGUUCAUGUGGAGUUGCCGGAUGCUUAUCCUUACAAGUCUCCUGCUAUUGGGUUUCUCAACAAAAUAUAUCACCCAAAUGUAGAUGAGCUGUCUGGCUCUGUAUGCUUGGAUGUCAUUAACCAAUCAUGGAGUCCAAUGUUUGAUCUUUUGAAUGUAUUUGAGGUUUUCCUUCCACAGCUUUUGCUUUACCCAAAUCCUUCAGAUCCAUUAAAUGGAGAUGCAGCAUCACUAAUGAUGAAGGAUCAGAAGCAAUAUGAACAAAAAGUGAAAGAGUAUUGUGAGCGUUAUGCCAAGAGGGAGAAUAUUAGAAGCACCCCGAGUGAAGAGAGUGACGAGGAGGUCAAGUAUUGUGAGCGUUAUGCCAAGAGGGAGAAUAUUAGAAGCACCCCGAGUGAAGAGAGUGACGAGGAGGUCAGUGAUGAAGACGUCAGUGAUGGAAGAAUUUCAUCUAGUGAUGAUGAUGUUGCUGGACAUGCAGAUCCAUGA